AGAAUGAUGCGUCGACUGUAUUGCAUUGGGCUGCAUGAAACUUUCCCCAAGACUUAACGUAGCUACAGAGCUAACUGCCCCUGAUAGAUAUAUACCUUAAGCAAUACGAUAAAUAGUGAGUCAACGGGUCCGGUUCGGUUUCCAGUUUGGGUCAAUCGUCAGGUUUAUAUGUUCUGGGUAGGCUAUUUGAGAUUAUGGUUGAUUUAGAUUCUGCUACUGUCUACGUUCGCGAGAGAGGCCAACUUCGUCGCGUCAACGGCAUAGUCCUCGCGGAGACUAAACAAGAAUCAUCAUGCAAUAGACCGACAAAUCCUCUUAGAAUGAAAAAAGAACACUUCGUUUUCACGUAUAACAAAGAGGGCAGUUUGAGAUACACGGCCAAAACCCUAUAUGACCUCUCUUUGCUGUUUAUAGCGGACAAUAUCCAUCAUGUUGACAGCCUUGUUGGUUUCCCCGAACAAGUUGGGGACAGACUUUUUGUUGCCGCCGAAGAGAAGCAAGUAUUCUCAGAUCCAGUGACUGCGCCCCGGGCUCUGCAAGUCUUCAGCGACGCUUAUGGGGAAAUUGUCCUAAGCUCCCUUUGUCUUCGAAAUAGGUUCCCUUUACUUUCAGAAAAGCUGGAGGAAAUAAAAAAGUUCAGUAGUUUAAAAAGUCUAGAUCUCUUUGGCUGCAGGCUAGGAGACAACCACGACAUUUUCGUACAUCUCACGUCUGACUUACUGUCCAGAAGUCUUGCUAAUCUCUUCCUUGGGGGUAACAGUCUCUCAGAUGAGGGCCUUCAGAGACUGACUGCACCUGUCAGGAUGAUGAAGAGGGGACUGAACAACCUGCAGCUGCUGGGUCUGUCCUACAACCCCAUCUCAGAAAGGGCCAUAGGAUAUCUCACAUGCCUUCCAAAGCUUCAAGGGCUUGAUUUAUCAGGAACACAUAUGAAGCUCAGCACAUCACUCAAGAAAAAAUUGUGGGAGACAACUGGGUUGAUUCUGUCUGAGAAACCACUGCAAGUAUUUGACCAUAUGUGUUGUAAAACUGAAGGGUGGGCAGAACAGGUAAUAAACCAGUGGGAAACCAGUGCAACACAGCUGCCAAAACAGAAGAAGGCACAGGAUUCAAGUACUGCAGCGUCUCGCUUUUUUGGUAGGGAAAAGUUCAUCCAAGGAGUACUGACUGCAUCACCUUUGGUGUGGAACAAGGAGGACAAGGAAUCGACGGAGAGGCUUCAUUUUCAUAAAGCAACACACGCCCACACACAUGGGGCUGAACUUCCAGGAAACAUAAAUAGUCACACAAAGCCCUUGUUGCAGAAGACUAACAAAAGGCAGCGUAAACCGGAGCUUGGGGAGAGUGGCACCUACUGCCCCUCGGCAAAACGUUUCUCCCCUUCAGCACUCUCUGAGGAGGACUUGAAGCUGUUAAACAGCUACUAAUGCAUACAUCCGACAGCCUUACAUACUCACAUAUUUUAUACAAACUUGUGUAAUAGCAUUUCCAACCCAAGGUUCUUAGGGUUUGAUCAAAUGUUUGGGUAAUUUCAUGCACUUUUAGAAAUAAAAUUCUUCAAUGAAAA